CAACAGCGGAGAACCGGAUGGGACUCCAAGGGCAGCUGUCCAUGGGAGACCCUGAGAGUCAGGGAUCACAACUGCAAGCACCGGGGCAUAUCUGCUGCCUUUUAGAGGUCGCUCGAGCCGUUUAUGCGGCCUUGGAGUGCCGCUCUGAAAUGAGCCCAACCUCGAUGAAGAUCAUGUCCUCUCGCAGGAUACACGUGCGUCGGAUCUAUCCAAGCUGGCAGGCCGCAGUUCCUGUCAAGUCGACAGUGGGAGGAUAAAUAGCUGCAAGAGAGACCUUGAGACAGGUCUCAGGCAGCCGUUGUAUCACUUCCGGAACUGCACAAAUGGUGGGGUUUAAACUUAUUACAGUUGCGGCCAUCUCCGGCCUCGCUUUGGCUGUUCCCAAUAUUGCAAACAAGGGGGACUGGAAGAGCAAGAUCAAGAAUGUUGUCAUUCUCGUUGAGGAGAACAGAUCCUUUGAUACCUUCGCGGGUGGUCUGAGCUAUAGCAAAGACAUUGAUGGAUUGCUUCAUCACAACUACUGCAAUUCCAUGAACGCUUCCGACCCCACGCAAAAGGACGAUGUUUGUGCGGGACCUCGAGCUAACGACGUUGCUCCCGAUGAUCCAAACCACAGCAUCAGUGGUGUUAACAUGCAACUUUUCAGCACUUGGCACCCGGAUGAAUCAGUUGUCGACGCGGGCCACCAAAGGGAGAACAUGCGUGGAUUUGUGACGGAGCAGUCCUACACGUUCAAAACUCUCAACAAGACCCGGGCUGCUGAGGCAAUUAAUUACUACACCCCAGACCAAGUCCGUGUCUUUAACGAAAUGGCCGAGAACUUUGUCCUUUUCGACAGAUGGUUUGCUGCCGUCCCUGGCCCAACCAACCCUAACCGUGCCUACCUCACCUCUGGUACCUCACACGGACACGGAAAGAAUGACAACGCUUUCAACGUCUAUGGACUGCCCCAGCGAUCAGUCUUCCAGCAACUCUCGGAAGCCGGAAUCAGCUGGAUGAACUAUCAGAACUCCACCACCGGGCCAGGACUGGGCUUUAACCCAGAUGCUGCUUUCUAUACCUGGACCAAUACCUCCGGGGCUUACAAGACCAACAUCGUUCCCCUCACGCAAUUCUACGCUGAUGCGAAGGCGGGAAGAUUACCAAAAUUCACAUACAUCAACCCCGAAUGCUGUUCUUACCAGUCAUUCCACCCGCCAUCCCCGAUCACUCUUGGGGAGAACUUCAUCAAGGGUAUCUACGAGGCGGUCCGCAACUCCCCACAAUGGGAGGAGACACUCUUCAUCUUGACCUUCGACGAGCACGGAGGUUUCGGCGACCACGUCCCACCCCCAGUAAACGUCCCCGCUGGUGAUGGUAUCCUGUACACCGAGACCGCGCCAGAUGGAAAGAACAUCACUUUCGACUUCAAGCGUCUUGGUGUUCGCGUCCCUACUCUUCUCAUCUCACCUUGGGUUUCCAAGGGGGUUGUCGAGAACAAGGGACGAAACAACGGGGGAGAAUACACACAUACUUCCAUCCUCAAGUUCUUGCAGAACCUGUGGGGCCUCGACAGCUUGUCGCCGAGAGUGGACUACUCGGCUACGUUUGAGCAUCUCAUCACAGGUGAUUACAGGACCGACACACCUGCUACGCUGGUGAACCCAUACCCAUACAACUAAUUCUUCCGCCGUAGAACGGGAAUGAGGUUAUAAUUCAUGAAUGUAGAAAGGAU